UUGAGUUAAAUAUAUGUCAAAAUUAGUAAGCAACUUUAUCAAAUCGAUUUGGAAGUAAUAAAAUAUGUCGACCACAGUCGAAAAUAGCGUUGCUGUUGAAGAGGUAAUCCCAGUUGGAAGAUGCUUGAGUGAAACUGGUUUGAAAUUGUUGCAAAUAUGGGAGGGUCAAUCUCGACCUGACGUCCCUUCGAGUACACCGAAAUCGGAAUUUAUGUUCAAUUUUCCCAUAGAAACACUACCGUCUGAAUUUCCAAGUAUAAAUGAGUUAGAAGUUCCCAUUAUUAGAGAAAUUGGAGUAAAAAGUAGCAUCGAACUGUUAGGAGAUUUCUUCAAUUGCACUGACUAUAAGCGAAAUCAUUUGCAAUUCUGGUUCUUGGAUAUAGUAACAGACUGCUUGUGGAGAUCGCAGGAUGAUUUCAGAUUUCCUGUCGACAUACAAAAAAGAAUCUUGGAAUGGAUUCUUUACAUGUUUAAGCUUAUACGAAGCCCAACAGUGAACUUUUCUCGCAAAAAUUUCUUUCGCGCUUUUGCCGAAAUCGUGUUAAUUGUUGGUGAAAUAAUCGAUGAAGAACAAGAAGAAUUGCCACCUCCAGAACAGGUGUUUCAAUUAAUAUCAGAUGAUAAUACCGAAGAGAGAAGUUGGAUUUCUUCUGUAAAGGAAGACGAUGGAAAAAGUAGUAGGACGUUUUCCGGAUUGAAUGAAAAAGUAGCAGAAAUAAAAAGCGUCUUAGAAAUACAAAACAACGAGGACCCAGAAGAAGCUAGCUCACAUUUUCCACUUCCGAAAAAGACGUUUAGUUUUAAUGAAUAUAAAUUGUCUCCUUCAACGACGUACAGCAUGACCACCGAGCGAAGUGAAAUUUCUAGAGAUAUAUCUUCGAAAAUAAGUUCAGAUAAAGGAGGCGACAGAUUCGAUUCUAUUACCGUAGAAAGUAGUCUCUCAUUAGUGUCCCCUGAUACCGGAAAGAAAAUUAAAAAGCCUAGAGUUCCACUUGCUUCUGAGGACAACAAAAGUGAAAUUAUUAAACAAGAAGUUUCCGAUGAAGGCAAAUUCGAAUUUGUAGAAGAGGAAGAGUGUGAUGUUGUUCAAGUGGAUGACCAUUUCGAAGUUUUAACGGUAUCUGAGUUUUCGAGGACUCCUAGAGAAGAAGAUACCUGUCCUUCUUCUUUAUUUAAAAGAAAGACCUUGGAAAGUGAAGAAGAUAGGGAUAAAAUACCAGUAAAUGUCCCCCAAGAAAUAAUAGAUAGUGCAGUUGCUGAAGAAGAAUUGGAUGAUGAAGCUAUUAUGAAAAAAAUGAUCUUUCAGCAGCUUUGGGAGCAACGGCUGAAAGAUAUGGAUGAUUCGGAGAAGGGUUGGAUACCAUCAAGCGAAACGGUAACGGAAGAACUUAAUGAAGAGGAGGAAGAAGAAGGAGACGAAUCGGAAAUAGAAGAUAAAGAUAAUUGGUUCAGUUUUCUUGACAAAGCGAAGAAAGAAACCCAAGAAAAAUAUCGUCGAAAAUUAUUCAACUUCAUUGUAAUGUGGGCAGUUAUUAAUUUCGUUUUUGAUUAUUUCUACAAUAAAUUCCAGUUUUCGUUGAUUGCAUUAGCAUUUAAAGCAACUCCAGUCUUCAUCACACAAAGAUUGAACAAUGUGUGGAGGAUCCCGAAAAUAAACAAAGAGGAGGCUUUUAUCCCAAGGGACGAAAAACCCAAAGAAAAGAAAGAAAAAAAGCCGAAAAAAGGAAAGAAAGAUAAGGGUAAGAAAGGGAAAAAGGAUAAGAAAGGAAAGAAGGGUAAGAAGGAAAAGCCUAAAAAACAAAAGCCUGCCAAAUUAACAAAAGAACAGUUGAAAGAAUUAGAAAGACAAAGAAAAGAGGAGGAGAGAUUAGCGCUAGAAAGGUUGAUGUUAUUAGAACAGGAGCUCGAGCAAAAGCGAUUUAUGUUCCCAUUAAAAGAUGGAGGGACCGAUGAAUUUUAUAAGAGCAUAUUUGAGAAUUGGGUUAAAGUUGACUUGGAUAAAGUUCUAGGUAAAAAAGGAAAGGGAAAGGGAAAGGACAAAAAGAAGAAGAAAAAAUGAAUAGGACAUUAGGGAAUCGAUGCAUUUUCAUUCAUAUUUUGGUUAAU